GAGGAGGCGCGCGGAGCUGUCCAAGCCCCCACUGCAGAGCGCGGCGCUGCCGCCGGAGAUUCACUAAUACACCCUUGUUUUGGGAUCCUAAAGUCUAACUGACACCCGCAAGUCAAAGGCUUAUUCCCUUUUCUUUCUUUCUGUCUUUUUUUUCUCCCUUUCCCCCCCUCCCUCCCCCCCUCCCCCUCCACUUGAAUGGACCGCGUUUGACAUCUCAACAGAGGAAUAGUCUACCACCUCACCGGGGGUAGAGGUGGUGGUGGGGAUGGUAGUGGACGGGGCAGGUCUGCAGCUCCACUUGAUUGGAUUUAUCAGUUUUGUGGCGUCUUUCUUUUUUUUUUUUUUAUUGAUGGGGACUGCAUAGAGAAGAAUUUGAUGGAUUAAUCUGACGGAGGAGAGUCGCUUUUGAUUCCCCACUCCUGCCGAGGGCACCCGAAUGGAGUAACAGGCUGCAAUGUCAUCUCCACCUGGCCGCCUGGAGAGAUGUGUCACGGCAAUGGGAUCAAGUUUGAACACUUUUCCUCUGGUUUCGCGGAUGCGCUGAGAAGGUACCAAGAUGCCAGUGAAGGGACGGGUCGUGGAGGAGGCAGCCUCGGCCGGCCCUCGCUCCACGGAAGUAAAAGCCAGCACUCGACGCUCGGACUCCGAAGAAGAAGGCGCAAAAGCUGCGCGACGCCAGAGGGUAUGAUGGGUGUAGUGGGCUGGAUGUUGCUCCUGCUCUCCUCAUUCACGGUGCCUGUGGCAUCCCAAAAGCCUCCGGGGCUCAGUGUGGGUGUGAUUCUGGGCCAGACGCGCCCAGUUUCCGAACAGGAACUCAGGCCACCUCGGCGCCCUGAAGAUGCACUCGAUAUCUCGGUGGUAACACUGAGGAUCAACCAGACAGAUCCAAAGUCUGUGAUUACACAGAUGUGCGAGCUUCUGUCUCGCACUCGUCUCCAUGGCAUUGUGUUUGCUGAUGGCACCGACCAGGAGGCCAUAGCCCAGAUGCUUGACUUCCUCUCUGUUCAGACACAACUUCCAGUCCUGGGAGUCCACGGAGGCUCCUCUAUGAUUAUGGCUGACAAGGACGAGAAAUCCACUUUCUUCCAGUUCGGCGCAGCCCUUCAACAGGAAGCUCUGCUUAUGCUCGCUAUCAUGGAGGAGUACGACUGGCAUGUUUUUUCCAUCGUCACUUCAAAGUUUCCAGGGUAUCAGUCAUUCAUCAGUACACUCAAGAUAACUGUGGAUCACAGCUUUGUGCGCUGGGACCUGCAGAGUGUAGUGACGCUCGAUGCUGUAGAUGGCGACCCAAACUCAAAAUCACACAUUGCUCUCAAGAGGAUCCAGAGCCCAGUUAUACUGCUAUACUGCUCCAAGGAUGAGGCUGUAUAUAUCCUGGAGGAGGCUCGGUCCUUGGGUCUGAUAGGAGCUGGUUACAUCUGGAUUGUGUCCAGCCUCACCACUGGAAACCCAGACUUUACCCCUGAGAUGUUUCCCCUGGGUAUGAUCUCCGUGUCCUAUGACGACUCAGAGUACCCGCUGGAGAGGCGGGUGCGGGAUGGGGUGGGCAUCAUUUCCUUUGCAGCCACCUCCAUGCUGCGGGAGAAAGGAGAGCUGCCAGAGGCCCAGAGCAGCUGCUACAGCACAGCAUCAGACAGGAGCCCGGGGAAGCUGCCGCCUAGUGCCCUGCGCAGACACAUGAUGCACGUGUGGAACGAAGGGCGAGAUCUAUCCUUUACUCCAGAUGGUUACCAGGCCAACCCCAAACUGGUAGUCAUUGUACUGAACAGUGAAAGGAUAUGGGAGAAGAUGGGCCGUUGGGAGAACGGGACGUUGUCACUGAUGUUCCCAGUGUGGCCGAGGUAUAAUGCCUAUGGGGAUGAGGAUGCCGAUGAAAACCACCUCUCCAUUGUCACAUUGGAGGAGAAACCUUUUGUCAUCGUUGAUAAUGUAGACAUCCUGACGGGCACGUGUAUGAGAAAUUCUGUUCCCUGUCGUAGACAUGUCAAAUUUAACACCACAUCAGGAACAGCAUCAGGUGCCUAUAUCAAGCAGUGCUGCAAGGGUUUCUGUAUUGACAUUCUGAAGAAAAUAGCCAGGAAUGUCAAGUUUACCUAUGAUCUCUACCUGGUCACCAACGGAAAACAUGGGAAGAAGAUCAACAACAUGUGGAACGGCAUGGUUGGGGAGGUGGUGUAUAAGAAGGCUGUGAUGGCUGUCGGGUCUUUGACCAUCAACGAAGAAAGGUCAGAGGUCAUAGACUUCUCUGUGCCCUUCGUGGAGACCGGCAUCAGCGUCAUGGUGUCACGUAGCAACGGAACCGUCUCUCCUUCUGCCUUCCUCGAGCCCUUCAGCGCAUCGGUUUGGGUGAUGAUGUUUGUGAUGCUUCUCAUUGUCACCGCCAUCGCCGUCUUUCUCUUUGAGUUUAUCAGUCCACUGGGUUUCAACCGAAACUUGGCCCAAGGCAAAGACCCACAUGGUCCAUCAUUUACCGUCGGAAAGGCCAUAUGGCUGCUGUGGGGUCUGGUGUUCAACAACUCUGUCCCUGUGCAGAACCCGAAGGGCACCACCAGUAAAUUCAUUGUGUCCGUGUGGGCUUUCUUUGCUGUCAUCUUCCUGGCCUCCUACACUGCCAACCUGGCUGCCUUCAUGAUCCAGGAAGAGUUUGUAGAUCAAGUCACUGGACUGUCUGACAAGAAGUUCCAAAGCCCAUACUCCUAUUCCCCACCAUUUCGUUUCGGGACGGUUCCCAACGGCAGCACUGAGCGCAACAUCAAGAAGAACUACCCAGAUAUGCAUCAGUACAUGACUAAAUACCAUCAGACUGGAGUGUUGGAUGCACUGGCCACCCUCAAGACAGGAAAGCUGGAUGCCUUUAUUUAUGAUGCUGCAGUCUUGAACUACAUGGCCGGCAGAGACGAUGGAUGUAAGCUGGUAACCAUCGGCAGCGGUUACAUCUUUGCCACCACAGGCUAUGGUAUUGCCUUACAGAAAGGAUCCUACUGGAAACGCUUAGUUGAUCUGGCCAUACUGAGCAUCAUCGGAGAUGGUGAGAUGGAGGAGCUGGAGGCUCAGUGGCUGACUGGGAUCUGCCACAAUGAAAAAAAUGAAGUUAUGUCCAGCCAGCUGGAUGUGGACAACAUGGCAGGGGUCUUCUACAUGCUGGCGACGGCAAUGGGCCUCUCUAUCCUCACCUUCAUCUCUGAGCACCUUUUCUACUGGAGACUGAGAUACUGCUUCACUGGUGUCUGCACUGGAAGACCAGGUCUGCUUUUCACCAUCAGCAGGGGUAUUUGGAGCUGUAUCCAUGGUGUUCAUAUAGAUAUGAAGAAGAAGUCGCCUGAGCUCGACUUCAGUCCUCAAGCCAACAUGAUGCACUUGCUCAAGUCUGCUAAAUCUAUGGCUCUGUCUUCUCCUAAACGCAACACUGUCGUCUUGCAACCAAGCCUCAUAGAAAUUAUGACAGGGAAAGGUAACUCACUCCAUACUCAGAAGGGUCCUGGUCUCUAUAGCAACGCUGCAGGUCCACAGAGUUUCCUGUCAUUGACUGGGCGACACAAGAACCUCCUGAACAAUGCUGCACCAUUUCCUGGGCCACAACAAGGCCCAACUCUCCAGACCAGCCCCAACAAGCCCCAGCUGUCAAUCACCAAUGACAAGGCCCGUCUCUCCGGGCCCGCCCUUCCUGCAUCAAAACCCCGAACCCUGUGGAAGAAGAGUGUAGAGACACUGAAAAGUCAGCCGCCCGUCGCAUCUCCGGGCCCAAGCCCCACACCAACGCCAGUAAGCGGGCCGCCAGCGAUGAAGAGCCAGCGCUACCUGCCCGAAGAGCCCCAGCACUCUGACAUGUCGGAGUGCUCCAGUCGGCCACCCUCACAUAAAGAUUCUGAUUCCAUGGCUGUGAGGGGUGGAUUUAUGCCAAUCAAUCAGCUGAGAAAGAGGGGUGGAGGAGGAGGGGGAACAGCAGGAGUAGGAGGAGGAGGAGGAGGAGGAGGAGGAGGAGGAGGGUCAAGAAUCUACUCCAUUGACUCUGACCAAGCCAGCCUCCAGUCUGCUCCUCCGUACCAGAGGGACAGCCAAGGGGGAGGGGAUGAACACAGUUACACCCCUGAACAAUUCCCCCCUGAAAGCACAUACUCACUCCAGUCAGACACACCCAUUUUGCAGCUGAGCGCAAGCCUCCUGCACCACAGCCACAGCGCCGAGGCCGACCUGAACUCCCUGAAGGACAAGAAAUACAGCACAUACACACACAGCAGUUCCAAGGACAAGUCUGGAGGUUCGUUUGAUGCCCCGUGCGCAGGCCUGGGAUCACAGAGUGCCAGGCCCGGCCACUGUCGCACCUGCCUGACCAAGCUCAGCGGAUUCUCCGGCCUCUACACUGUCCGAUCCCCACAAGCUCGCUGUGACGCCUGUGCCCACCUGGGAAACCUGUACGACAUCAGUGAAGACCACUUGCACUCGCACUACUCCCAGACACACCCGCACAGCGGGGACAUGUUUACGCACUACCUUCCCCAGACCGAGCUGGGUCUCGUGGGCGAAGGGGACGGGCUUGUCAGCCACCUGGAGCCCUCCCCCUCCUCUCCAUCUCCUCUCGCCACCUCUCCCUCAGCCCAGCAGCUCCAGCUGAGUCGUCAGCACUCCUACGAGAACGUGCUUCCGGACGGCAUUCCCGAGCGGCAGUCGCAGCCUCUCCACCACCUGCGGGGCCUGAGCCUUCCCGACAGAGAUCGGGAGAGGGAGUUCACCCUGGACGAAGGCGCCUACGCCAACGUCCUCACCAUGCGCUCGGAUCGUCCAUUCAGCGGCCGCAGCCCCCCCUCUCCUUCCCCGUCCCACCAUCACAGUCUGGAUGCCCCGAUGCCUCUUCCCCGGCGUUCGAAGAGUCUCCUGCCCGAUCGUCCCUCACACAACCCGUUUCUCCAGUCAGCCCCCGGCACAGCACAAAGAGAUCCUGCCUCCCAGGCUGUCGCACGAAUGCCGCAGAGAAAUUCCGCCCACGAGCUCUAUAAGCAGCGAAUGCCACUGACGCUUACCCUCGGUAACCAUGGCAGCCAUCACAUCAACCAGCAUGGCGGCCAUGUUGACCAACAGGUGUUCUACCCUCAGCAAGAGUCUCCUGUGGUUUCCUACAUGGUGUCACCUGCUGCCUCUCAACCCAUGAGCUAUGUGACAGCGCCGCGAGCCUCGAGCGCCGGCGGCAACCGACCUCGGCUGUAUCGCCGCAUGCCCAGCAUCGAGUCUGAUGUCUGAGUGUCACAAACGACACACUCGCUCUCACUGAAACACACUGACACGCAAAAGCAUGCAAGAAAAGAGGUGUGUGUUUGGCCGGACCAGGCAGGUCUAACUCUUAGCACACACACAGAAAAACACAGACACAUGCAGGGGAAAGAUGAGAAGGUCUGCUCUGGACUACACGGUCAAGAGUGAUACCGAGUUAAAAGAAAAAAAAAAGCUUACUUUGUUAUUACGAUCUCUUAAGGGCAGGGUUGGGGCCACCGGGACACCUGGAGGCACAGUGCAAAAAGAGCAGUGUGUGUUUGUCGGUGUGUGUACUAUCCUCUAGCUGCAGGCAACGAGGCACGAACUGACAAUACGUCUGUCAAGGCAGAUGGAAAAACCUUGUGGAAUAAAAGGGACUCUGUGUAUAGAGUCUUACGCCAACUGUGGGAACUAAUGGAAGACACGAAGGAGUAUUUUUAAGACUUGAAGAAAACAUGUCCCACCCUUUCAUCAGCCUCUUAAAGGGGUUGUAAAGAAUCUCUUUCUGUAUGAAAUUACACAGAUACAUGCACAUACUUCACCUGAACACACCCACCGCUGUCCAGGACUCGUCGUUGCACUAUGAUUUCCACAGUCAACCCCGAUGUUGUCUGAGCCUCCAAUCUGCACUGCCGGCAUGGCUUAAAGAGUAGUAAACUACACUAAAGUAAUCCUUGACUUGAAUGGAAAUUACUAUCUAUGUAAAAAAACGAGAAAAGGAAAAAAAAAAAGAAACUAGACUGGAAGGCGGGCAGCUGAUCCGGAGUGAGGUCUGAGAAGUGCAUCGGCUUCUGCCUGCAGAUGUACAAACACUUGAACGCACACACACACACACACACACACACACACACACACGCUGUGUCUGUUUUUAAGGUAAAGUAAAACCUACCGACUGUUUGUUAUUGUUGAUGUCAGUUAAUUGAACAUUCCAAAACAGUGGACCAAACGGCCACCAGUAAAAGCCUCUCAGGAUGAGAGUGUGUGUUCUAGUGUUUCUAGAUCCAGAGACAUACAGCAUAGCAUCCUUGCUUCCUCUCUUAGCUAGCCUUCAGGUCUUACUGCAUGCUUCCUACUGCCCUGUGUUACAAUUUAAACUCCUGAACAGGGUCAUAUAUGCACACGCAUUCACACACAGACACACAUGCACUUUUGACACAUACACAUAUGCACAUAGUAGUCUAGGACAGUAGAUUAGCGUGGGUGUGUGUGUCGAAGCUACGAGAUAGCUCCUCUUUGUGCACUUUGUAGAUUUUAUACCCUGCCACCUACACAGACGUUUGACCAAAAACACUUUUAUACUGAAAGAUAUGAAUAUUCUCAAUCAUUCGCUGGAUAGAUGUUUUUCUUUUUCUCUUAUUUCUCUUUGACGUUGGCUUCAAGGGUACAAUGAAGGGCACAGCUCUGUCAUUUUCCAUUUCAAGGUCAGAAGUUUAACAGUGUUAAAUAAUGAUAACAGCAUACAGUACACAACACCUCUUUUUUUCUUCUUUUUCCCCCACUUUUAAUGUGUUUAUCCAUCCUUCCCGCCUUCUCACCCUCCCUUAAGAGUUUUCAUUUUUUCUCUCAAUUAAUUACUUUUGCUCUUUUCCUGCUUCUUUCUGUAGAGUAGACUAAGUAUCAAAAGAGUAUUCAAAGUUCAAAAGUUCAGUUGUGGUGUUACAAAAAAAAAAAUCUCAAAAUGCU